AGCACUUCCGGCGGCCAUCCCCGCGGCGCUGACUUUUCGGUUCUGUCUCAGUGCCGGGCUCCUCCUGCAGUCAUGAAGGACGUCCCGGGCUUCCUGCAGCAGAGCCAGAGCUCCGGGCCCGGGCAGGCCGCUGUGUGGCACCGUCUGGAGGAGCUCUACACGAAGAAGUUGUGGCAUCAGCUGACACUUCAGGUGCUUGAUUUUGUUCAGGACCCGUGCUUUGCCCAAGGAGACGGUCUCAUUAAGCUUUACGAAAACUUCAUCAGUGAAUUUGAACACAGAGUGAAUCCUUUGUCCCUGGUAGAAAUCAUUCUUCAUGUAGUCAGACAGAUGACUGAUCCUAAUGUGGCUCUUACUUUUCUGGAAAAGACUCGUGAGAAGGUGAAGAGUAGUGAUGAAGCAGUGAUCCUGUGUAAAACAGCAAUUGGAGCUCUAAAAUUAAACAUUGGGGACCUGCAGGUUACAAAAGAAACCAUUGAAGAUGUUGAAGAAAUGCUCAACAACCUCCCCGGUGUGACGUCAGUUCACAGUCGUUUCUACGAUCUCUCCAGUAAAUACUAUCAAACGAUAGGAAACCAUGCAUCCUACUACAAAGAUGCUCUGCGAUUUCUGGGCUGUGUUGACAUAAAGGAUCUUCCAGUGUCUGAGCAGCAGGAGAGAGCUUUUACACUGGGACUAGCGGGACUUCUUGGCGAGGGAGUUUUUAACUUUGGUGAACUCCUCAUGCACCCUGUGCUGGAAUCACUGAGGAACACGGACCGGCAGUGGCUGAUUGACACCCUCUAUGCCUUCAAUAGUGGCAAUGUAGAGAGAUUCCAGACUCUGAAGACCGCAUGGGGCCAGCAGCCUGAUUUAGCAGCCAACGAAGCCCAGCUUCUGAGGAAAAUUCAGUUGUUGUGCCUCAUGGAGAUGACUUUCACACGACCUGCCAAUCACAGACAACUCACUUUUGAAGAAAUUGCCAAAAGUGCUAAAAUUGCAGUGAAUGAGGUGGAGUUGCUGGUGAUGAAGGCUCUGUCGGUGGGGCUGGUGAAAGGCAGUGUGGACGAGGUGGACAGGCGAGUUCACAUGACCUGGGUGCAGCCCCGAGUCUUGGAUUUGCAGCAGAUCAAGGGAAUGAAGGACCGCCUGGAGUUCUGGUGCACCGACGUGAAGAGCAUGGAGAUGCUGGUGGAGCACCAGGCCCACGACAUCCUCACCUAGGGCCUCUGGUGCCCCUGGUGUCCCCCCGCCUUCCCCAGGCAUUUCUGUGGCUGAUGAAACUGACAGCUAGGAAGAUCUGCAUUGAGUUGAGGUGGGGGUGUGGUCCUGUCUGGAGUAGGGACUAAAAAACUGAGGACCGUCAUUGACGGGGGCCCCAGCCCCAGGGAGAAGGCUCCUUUGUGGGAGUCUCCUGUAGCCUGCAGUGUGGGAGGAGGUCUGGGGGUCUCAAGUGAUGAGGAAGGGCAAGAGCAUGGGGGGAGGAUGCACUCCAAGGGGGACCUCUGCACCCUCCUGUGGGAACACCUCUUCCAGUGUGGCUGUGGAAUGUUCCUGUAAUAAACACCUUUGCUUUGUC